AUGUUUACCCUCAACUGCAUUCCCCCCGAGGACCCCCCUGGAGGAGCACCGGUACCCAUUCUGUGGAAAUGUCACAGAUGCGAGCAGGUAUACAGGCUCUCCGUCACAAGCCGCUGUAUUAAGUGUCCUUCAUACAACAGUAACCCCCCUUACAAGUACCUGUCAGGCAAAAGCUUAGACGGCAGACCGACCAGAAAGUAUCAACAGUCUCCCCUCUCAAACAGCAAUAGUCCAGAUAGCAUGUAUACCACAGAGAAGUCUCCCCCAAGCCGUGAAUGCUCAAAACGACCAUCCCUAGAGCUUUACAACUACGACUACGAGUUCUGGGGUCAAUACAACGACUGGAAGCGCUUUCGCUCAGAGUAUGAAGCUCGGCCUGAGAGAUGGGAGAGCCGCAUCAAGCGCAGCUUCGAUGGCAUGGAUAGCGUACAGCGUCGAGCAAAGAGAUACAAAUUUGAAGUCGAAUCACGCACCCAUCUUACGGAGGAAAGGCUGGAGCGCAUGCUUGAAAGGAAGCAGAACUGCGAGCUAGACUGCGACUAUCCCAGCCAGUGCCACAGUGAGCGCUAUGAAGCACUUAUGAAGAGUCCUCAGAAGGUCAUCGGAGGCAAAUUCCACCUGACAUUUUAUGACGAGGAUGAUGAAAAAGCAGGUAAGCUGCCCCUUUGUGAGCUUUUUCCACAGUUCGACCAGGGAAUGACAGCUCCUGAAGACGUUGAGGACGAUGAGGAUGAGAUAUUGGCGGCGUACAGGAGGGAUAUUGAUACUUGGUAUGCUUCAACUAUGGCGAGUCGAGCUAAAGAAAACAAGGAAAACGUUGAGGGAUGA